CAGCAGCAGCAGCAGUGCUGGCACCGGAGAGGAACUCAGCCGUCCCCCUGCAGAAAGAAGCCCCCUCUAAAGGAGACAGAGAGAGAGAGAGAGAGAGAGAGAGAGAGAGAGAGAGAGAGAGAGAGAGAGAGAGAGAGAGAGAGAGAGAGAGAGAGAGAGAGAGAGAGAGAGAGAGAGAGAGAGAGAGAGAGGGAUUUGUUAAUAGAGCAGAGGAGGAUGAGGAAGCAGUGGGAAGGGGAUGUUGCAGGGGAGGCUGCACAGAGGCAAAAACAAACAGGACAGGCUGUGUGAUGCAGGUCUCAAGAUGUAGGAGCCGCAUCAGAAGAGCUCUCAGUCAGAGUGUGUGUGAACGCACCAUAACAACAGAGGACUUGUGUUUCAAGGAUAGUGAAGGUGGAGAGGCGCAACCUGAGAAGUCCUCCCCUCCACCUCCACAGAGGAUGACAAAUUAGUCCUUAUUCAGCAAGGAGCGAGAGCAUCACCCUGAGGAUCAGAUGUUGUCCACAGCUCAGCAGAUGCUGCAGGAUAGCCGCUCCAAGAUCGAGCUGAUCCGACUGCAGAUUAUCAAAGUCACCCAGGCUGGCAGCAGCAGUGGCGGCGGAGGAGUUGACAGUGAUGGUGGUGGAAACCCCACUCAUGGAGGGAUCUCUCCGUUCUCCGUCAGUGCUGUGGAUGCUCGUUUGGCGGAGUUGCAGCACUACAUGCAGAGAGAGACAGAUGCGUUGGUGCUGGCCAAAGAUGUAGUGAAGCAGCUGGAGGGAAUCUCAUCGCUGGACCAGAAUGCACUGGCUGAGGCUCAGUCCCGGGUGCAGGAGUCCUCCCAGAAGCUAGACCUUCUGCGGCUGUCUCUGGAGAAAUGCAUGAAGCAAAAGAACCAGGAGCCUCUACAGGAGCCUGCAGGGGGGGGCGACCCUUCAGAGGGACCACCUUCUCCACAAGACUCCAGACCUGGAUGUCCCCUGUCUACCUCCCCGUCCAUCUUCUCUAUCAGACCUGCCUCUUUAACUGGCAAACUUGAAAUCAGACUUCUUGGAUGUGAAGAUUUACUGAAACCUCGGACAAACCCAGAGCAGGAAGACCACCUGAGUCCCACUGAGGACAGUUCAAGUGCUCUCAGGACGGAGGGACACCCUGUGGAGAUCAGCGCGGUGCUCAGGCUGGACACCAGAGUGGUCGGGCAGACGUGCUGGGCAGCCGUCAGCAGGCGGAACUGGGAUCAGUCGUUCUGCAUCCAGCUGGAGAGGUCUCGAGAGCUGGAGGUUGCUGUCUUCUGGCGGGACCGGAGGUCCAUGUGUGCAGUCAAGUUCCUGCGACUGGAGGAGACUAUGGACAACCCGAACGACAACCAGGAGUUAAGUCUGGAGCCACAGGGACUCCUCUGCGCAAAGCUUCACUUCAUCGACACUGUUGUCGAGCGGCAGCCGAAACUGAGACGUCAGCGAUGCAUCUUCACUAAAGAGAGAGGGAAGAACUUCCUCAGAGCGGCCCAGAUGAACAUGAAUUUUGCCACGUGGGGUCAUCUGAUGAUGAACAUCCUCCCCCGCUACAGCUCCUUCACCACAUUCAGCUCGUCCCUCUCCACGCCCCCCGACCUGGUGGCCGACAACACCCCACGUCCAACUGACAGGGAGCCUCAAUCCCCCACUCCACUGCCAAGCGAAGCUCCAGAAAUCCGACUCAGACUCGCUGAGGAUCAACCGUCUCCCACCAGCCUCGAGCUGGGAGACGACACACCCACCAUCAUCACCACAGCACACAAUACUUCAUCUGUGCCUGCAUCGCAAGAAAGACUGUCAUCCAUAAACAACACAGAAGGAAGCGAAGAUCAGCCUGUAUCUGCUCUAAAGAUGCAGAUGGAGGAUUUCAAAUAUUUUUCCGUUCUGGGCAGAGGACACUUUGGGAAGGUUUUGCUGGCAGAGUUUAAGAAGACAGGAAAACUGUACGCCAUCAAAGCCUUGAAGAAAAGAGACAUUGUGACUCGAGAUGAAGUGGACAGCCUUAUGAGCGAGAAGAGGAUCUUUGAGAUGAUCAACGCAUCCAGACAUCCGUUCCUGGUGAACCUCCACGGCUGCUUCCAGACCAGCGACCACGUCUGCUUCGUCAUGGAGUAUUUACCAGGUGGCGAUCUCAUGAUCCACAUCCACAACGACGUCUUCACCGAGGCCCAGACCAGGUUUUAUUCAGCAUGUGUCCUGCUGGGUUUAGAGUUUCUGCAUCUCAAUAAAAUCAUUUAUCGAGAUCUGAAGCUGGACAACUUGUUAAUGGAUGCGGAUGGAUUUGUAAAAAUCACAGACUUUGGACUUUGUAAAGAAGGGAUGGGUCACGGAGAUCGGACCUCGACUUUCUGUGGGACUCCCGAAUUUUUGGCUCCCGAGGUUCUGACAGACGACAACUACACCCGAGCGGUGGACUGGUGGGGGAUGGGCGUCCUCAUCUUUGAGAUGCUCGUGGGAGAGUCUCCGUUCCCUGGCGAGGAUGAGGAGGAGGUGUUCGACAGCAUCGUCAAUGAUGAUGUGCAGUAUCCAGGCUCUCUUCCUCCUGAUGCCGUCUGCAUCAUCCAGAAGCUGCUGAAGAGGAAUCCUCUGAAAAGACUCGGAGCCGGAGAGAGAGACGCAAACGAGGUCAAAGGGGAGAAAUUCUUCGAGACCAUCGACUGGGAAGCCCUACUGGCGAAGACAGCAAAGCCGCCAUUCCUGCCGUCGAUCAAAGAGUCGAUGGACGUCGGAAACUUUGACAGCGAGUUCACUCGACUCCAGCCAAUCCUGUCGCCUCCCUCCAAACCCUUCAUCCUCUCCGCCGAGCAGCAGGAAGCCUUCGCAGACUUCGACUUCUGCGCCUUGCACGGAUGAAAGACGAGCUGAAAGGAUCAGGGUGGGAAAAGGAUUACAUUUAGUCUGUGGCUAGGAAGCUCAGUCACCUUAGAGAAGUUACUGAUUAUCAUCUAAAUAUACAUUAUAGCACCAAAAGUAAAAGUACUCUUGAUGCAAAAUGGCUAAUUUUAUCUUAUUGGAUUUUAGUUUUCAUCACUUAUCGAUACAACAAUUAUUCAAUCGAAAGAAAAAUAAUCGUCAACUAGUUUGAUAAUCGAUUAAGGUAGUUUUUCAUGCAGAAUGCUGUUUUCAGCCUCUCAAAUAUGGAGAUUUCCUUCUUUUCUCUAUUUUAAAUUAUAUUAAAGUGAAUAAUUUUGUGUUUUGGACUGAUAAAACAAGACAUCACCUUAGACUUUGAGCAACUGGAAUGGACAUUGUUCACUAUUUUCUGACAUUUUAUAGACCAAACGAUUUAUCAAUUAAUCUAGAAAAUAAUUGCUAAAUUAUUCAAUAAUGACUAGUUGCAGCACUAAUCACUUUAAUGUUGCAAGUUGGUAAAGAUGGAGCCAAUUUGAACUACUUUAUAUUAUGCUGGGAAGCCUAACUUAUAAUUAUACAUCAUAAUUUAUUAGUUGAUUUAUAUUUUGUAUUAAUAAUCUGAAUCUGCAAAGUUAUUUAGGGUGAUAUAUACAUGUAGUGGAGUAAAAAGUACAAGGUAGCAUAACAUGUAAAUACUGAAGUUAAGUAGGGCUACCUCGAAAGGACCUUAAAUAAAGUUACCCACCCUGGUCUGGAUAGCACCAAGUGAAUGAACACCUUGGAUAUAAACUGCAGCUCAAACAUUUCCGAACAGGAACUUUACAUACGAUGCCAUGGCUGAUUGUGUUGACUGUUCUCACCGCCAUCCAAUCGACAGCCAAUCGUUGAUCAAAUAAAACAGGCAGCAUCUUUUGUUUUUUUGUUUUUAACAGAGCAAAAGAAAGUGAUUAUAACCCUUUAUAUUCUCUGAGGAGAGUCGAUCUUUGUUCUGACUGUUCCAGCAGUAAUAAUAAUAACUCACCUGCUCCUGCUAUAAAGAGUUUAUUUAUGAGAUCUGGUCAGGUGAAAUGUUGUACAAAACAGAUACAGGAUGCUUGAAGAGUUUAUAAUAUCACCACCACAUAUUUAUUCCUUUUUAUAGUUUAGUUGCAAUACUCCAACGUUGGAUAAUUUGCUCUGUAUCUGGAAAGAUACAGGGGGUUUAUAAAAUAGUACAAACAAAACAUUAAAUUACAGUAGCCGUGCAGUAUAUUUAGAUUUUUGUUAAGAGAGGUGUUGAGUCAAUUUGUUGUUCUUUUUGAUAUUGAAAUGUGUUAAGACAUAUCACUUCUUUCAAUCAGUACUUCUGAGCCCAACGGACAUGUGACCAUUGUUCAUCGCAAGUUCAGUGUUCCUCAGUUUGACGUCUUCCUUAUUUAAGCCACUUUUCCUCUUGCUACACUACAUAAUUGUGCAUCUGAUGCACCAGUAGUUUAGGCAGUGACUGCCUGGACUCUAUAACGGUCUGUAAGCUGCCUUAUGUUGCCUCAUAAAUGUAUAAAAUGAUGAUUGUCAUACCUCUCUGAAAGAUAACACAUAAUGUAUACUGACUUGUAUUCACUUGUGUAGCAAUGUUGGCUGCCUCAGUUGCUGGUGCAUCAGUUAUGUUAUGUGGUAAGAAGAAAUGUCUCACAAAUCACGACAACAUAAUAUUACAUAGGAAAACUACAACUCUGACUGAAAGACACUUGAUGGACAAUGUUCUUAAUAACACUACAAUAGAUUCAAAUCGAUAGCGUGAAAACACCUCUGAUAAUGUUAACAAAAAAUGUAUAUUUAUUUGCUUCACCAAAUUAAAAUGUAGCCUACUGCA